UUGACGAUUCAUAUCACACAAUUUGGUAUUGCAUAGCGUGGUUAACUUGCUAUCUGCUACAUCUACCCCUCAGUUUAGAAACUGAGUACUAUAUAUUUUCUACAAGUCUUCAUGUCAACCACUACUUUCUUUACACUACCAUUUCUCGCCCUCAUCUCCAUACCACUUGUCAUAUCGGCUUAUAUUACCAUCUGCUUCUCUGUGCUGGCUCUGUUUCUACGGCUUUCCGUGAUCUACAUUGAACUAUGCUAUGCGAUCAUCGCUAAUUACUUUGUUAUUCCCACGUCCAACACCUCGUCCCUCUUAAACUUCGCCCCUUCUGAACCCACGACACCGCUAGCUGCUACAACACCAAAGCGCCGUUCAUUGGAUUACGGCAGGACCAUCCAUUUCUCAGACUCCAGUUGCUACCAGUCCAACCCAGUUUCCCCUAGCCAUAGUCGGCCAGGCCGCGGCCAGCGACGCAACAGUUCACAUAUUGAAGAAUCAAAUGACCAGGAUAGUGCGCUCCACGACAUUGAUGGACGACGAACCCGAAGAGGAGAGCAUCAUAAAAAUGGGUACUACCCGUCAUUGCGGGGCUUUCUCGGCCUGAUUAGUGGCGACGAGAGGAGGGACUUCGAGGGCGUAGGUGGAUGGCGCUGUUGGGCGUCAUCCUCUAAAGUCCAUGGACUUCAUUCAAGAUCCGUGUCUUCAUCUUCCAGUAAUAGCGUAAGUGAGGAGGCAGACGAGAGGGCCUGGCUUUCCAUCAAUAAUCGGUUGGAAUUGCCGUCGCAACCACUUAGCAUGAGGAAUAACGAGCUUUCGGAGCAUUCGCUACCCUGGAGACAUAGACAAAUAUUGGCCAACCCUGAUGAUAGCCAUGGCCUCCACCAUCGCCGCUCCGCUACCACAUCGGUGUUGUCGAGCCUAAGCGUGCGCACCCAGAACUCAUUAUCGCUGUCUCUAUCGAUUCGGCCGGAGAAUCCUUCAUUUGAAUCCCGGUCAAGAGCAGUAUCGCCACACUCACAGCCCCGACAAUCAAUAGGAGACAUUUCUUCUGUUAUGCUGAGCUCCUCCCAUACCAACAACUAUGUUGUUAACCCAGCCGAUGGCUCUGGCGGUUACUUUAGUUUACGACCUAGCAGUGGAGUUAGCAGCAAAACCACAACGCCAGGGAGCACGACACCGAUUGACGAAAACGGGUCCCCGAGAGCUAUGGGUAGAACCAUGGCGCACUACCCAGGUGGUGUGAGAUACCGUCGGAGGAGCAUAUCUGGUCCUAAUUCUAGCGCUCGAAUCGUGAGGUCCACCUAGGGCUUGAGCGGGUUAGUGAUGGGAAGCGAUUU